AUGUCCCUUUACAAAUACUCAGAAGCCGCCCAAAUUGGAAUCACUGCCGCUUUCUGCUUCUUGGUAAUUGCAGACCUCAUCGGCAAUACCUUGGUUUGCCUGGUAGUCUACCGUAACCGAAUAAUGCGCACCCCUAUGAACUAUCUUUUGGUCAACCUAGCGGCUUCGGAUAUAACUGUGGCGAUUUUCAUCGCGGUGCGCUAUAUCUUCCUACUGCUGUUCGAGCAUCCGAAAGGAAGAUCCGGUGACGUGGUUUGCCAGUUGUUCACAGGGGAAGCAUUUGUAUGGGUCGGUGCACUCGCCUCCACUUCCUCCCUCGUCUGCAUAGCGGUGGAGCGCUAUCUCGCUAUUAAAUUCCCCUACGACGAGCACAAGCGGGUAACAAACGCCAAGUUAAAGUAUGUUGCUGUAUUGGGCUGGGUGUUCGCCGCUUCAUGGAACUUACCCCUUUUCCUGUAUGUACGUUACGACCAUGUUAGCGAGUUCUGCCUGUUCCAAUGGCCCACAGCGAGUUUCCCGAAAGUUCACAGCCUACUGUGCGCCUUGUUGUACGGGGUUCUACCGAUUUCCAUCAUGAGUUACUUGUAUUCUAAGCUGGUUUACAAGCUGUAG